UCUAGAGCCCAUUCCUCGUACGACUUGUUCUAGUGUUAUAUUUAAAAUAUUUAAGCUCCGGAUGAAAGCUGACUAAAAUAAUUUGGAAUAGUAGAUGAAGACUAUAUGAAGCGUGAAGAAAUAACCGAUGACAGUCAUGUAAACAUCAUACAGCAUAUAUACAUCAUGAUGUAUACAUCAGACAUUUCAGCAAUCCACCGGUAAGAUCGCGAUUGGAGAUGCUAAUGGGAAGCAACAUCGUUAGAUUGACGGAUAGGAAAUAUAUGCUCAGGUUGAUGGCUCGAAUAAGGCAGGAUUACGAGAAACGCCAACAAAGUCGAAUCGAAGAAAGGAAGAAAAAUGAGCUUAUGCGGACAAAAAUGAUGAUCCUCAAUCGUCUUAUUCCUGUUCAAGAUGCUCCACCAGAAAUUCGUCGAUAUCCACUGUUCCAGCUUUACUUAUAUUGCGACUCGAUAAUUGAAGCAAGACAGAAAAAGCGCUCGCCGAAACAUGUCAAAAUAGUUGCUUCGUUGCAUGGGAUGCUUUAUCCUGAAACGAAACCGACAGAAGAAGACUCAGAUAAUGAAGAAGAAGAAAUUUACAUGAAAAGAGUCAUCGUGAAUGGAGUAGAACAAUUGGUCCCUUUGAGCAUUGAGGAAACUGCUGCAGCGAAGAAAAAACAUGAAAUUAAUAAAGACAUCGAAAAUGGUUACGUCCUCACUCAAGACGAAUAUGACAGAUUACAUUACGAAACUGGGGCCAUAAAAGAGCUUCGAGAUGCUCAGACGGUCGAGGAUAUGUAUACGAAAGCUCACGAAAUUUUGGGAAUCCUUUACUCAUAUGCGGACGAGGGACGUUACAAAAAAAUGGAAAAACCGAAUGAGACAGAUGACGAGGAAAACCGAACGGAAUUAACGGAAGAAGUAUCAAGAGAGGUGGAAGUAAGAGAGAGUUCGGCAGAUUGAAGAUAAUUCCAAAUGAAAAACACUUGUGCACAAUAGUAACCAAGAGCAUGUUGCCAGAACUAGGGACAAUUACGAAACGUGCAAAAAGUAAUGCCAAAAAUAGACUCAGCUAUGAAUUGAUCAUAAUUGGGUCCAGCAUCGUUUGAAUAAAAAAAAACUAUUCUGCGUUUGUUAGAUGAUAGAAAAUACUCAAAUCCAGACAUUAGUCUGCAGUUCAGCCGAACCAAUGGGAAAAUGUAAAUAUUCGCAUUUCUGAAAUAUUUUUGUUCAGAUAACGAACAUCAAAUACAAGUUGCAUUGUAUUUUGUACAAGUUGUUGAUAACGAAAUAAAAUAUGAAUGCAGUUGCCAA